AGAAGAGACAAGGAAGGAAGGAGGAAGGAAGGAGGAGGUCUGCCUAAACUCCGCCUUCGUCCUCGGAUCAUCUCCUAUUCCUUCUCCGCAGCCCCUCACGCCGAGGACAGACAGACAGACAGACAGAGAGAGAGAGAAAGAAAGAAAGAAAGGGAAGGAGUCGCGCAAGGAGGGCCACGCUAGAACCGAAGCAGCAGAAGAAGGGGCUUCCCGGAGCGAGCAUGGCAGUCCCCACACCGAGCCGGCUCCAGCCCGAGUCCCCUCGCAGCGCACCGGCCCCGCCGAGCCGCGCUCGCAGCUCCAGGACGCGCCGCGCACACGCUCCCGGGGAUGAAUGAGCAGCCGCACCUGGGCCGGGGACAACAUGAGGGUCAUCUUCACCCAGAACGCCGGUUUCGUCGCAGCUUUUUCGCCUUUCUCGUGAUGUUGGCAGCGUUGUGCGACCACAGAUGAUGUGAGGCGAGAUACAAUAACCUGCAGAUAGAUCGCGCCUGACUGUCAAAUUUAGGAGAGAGGAGAUCAGACGCAUGCAGCCUAUAUAGCCUAUAUGGGCUCCUUUUUUUUUUUUUUUUUUUUAAAUGGGAUAGUGUUUUUAUUAUAGCCAAUAUCUUUUAAAGCGAAAGUGUGUUCAUUUUCCGACAUGCGGCGCGCUGUCGAAAUCUGAAUACAGGCUGUAUUUUAUUACAUUAUUGGCACUAUAAUUAAUUUUUUACGUAGCUAUAGGGGAGUAUGAAUCAGUUUGCUCCGUUAGUAAUCCAUUAGUAUUGAUUAUAUAGCGAUAACAACAUGUAUAGCAAAACGCAACUGAUCAAAAGCAAUUGAUCAACCAAGACAAUCUGGAAAAUGUUGGAUUCCACAUGUGAUAACAUCACUAGUGUUAUUGUAUGUAAUUUAUUUAUUUAUUAUUACUAUUUGUAGGCCUAUAAGUAUUGUAUUAUAGUUUUUUUUUUUAAGUAGGUAGAUUAAAAAUAUUUAACAGAAAUAGGAUUGUUUUAGUGAGAUGGAAACGGCGUAUUUAUCGGGCCACCACCGGGGGGCAGGGAGUCCCGGGGCCCCCGGACCCGCCGCUGCGGCCCCGGCCCCGGCUCCGGCUCCACCUGCCGGCCCCGGCUCACCUGAGGAGAACCGCGCAGGCGGCGACGGGCGGCGCAACUCGGGCGUGAAGAAACACCACCACAAGCACAACCUGAAACACCGCUACGAGCUCCUGGAGACGCUGGGGAGAGGCACCUACGGCAAAGUGAAGAAGGCCAUCGAGAGGCGCUCCGGCAGAGAGGUGGCUAUUAAAUCAAUCCGGAAGGAGAAGAUCAAGGAUGAGCAGGACAUGGUGCACAUCCGCCGAGAGAUUGAGAUCAUGUCGUCCCUUCGCCACCCACACAUUAUCUCUAUAUAUGAAGUGUUUGAGAACAAGGAUAAGAUCGUGAUUGUGAUGGAAUAUGCCAGCAAGGGGGAACUGUAUGACUACAUCAGCGAGCGUCGGCGGCUGAGCGAGCGGGAAACGCGACACUUCUUCAGACAGAUAGUCUCUGCUGUGCACCACUGCCACAAGAAUGGAGUGGUGCACAGGGAUCUGAAACUGGAAAACGUGCUACUUGAUGAAAACUGUAAUAUUAAGAUUGCUGACUUCGGGCUGUCCAACCUCUAUCAUAAAGACAAGCUGCUGCAAACCUUCUGUGGCAGCCCGCUCUACGCUUCACCGGAGAUCGUCAAUGGAAGACCGUACCGAGGCCCCGAGGUGGACAGCUGGGCUCUCGGGGUGCUGCUGUAUACGCUGGUGUAUGGAACCAUGCCGUUUGAUGGAGGCGACCACAAGAGCCUCAUUCGCCAGAUCAGCAAUGGCGAAUACAAAGAGCCCACUCAGUCCUCAGACGCCCGUGGACUGAUCCGAUGGAUGCUGAUGGUGAACCCCGAGCGCCGAGCCACAGUGGAGGACAUAGCCAAUCACUGGUGGGUGAACUGGGGCUGGAAGAACAGCGUGUGUGACUGUGAGACCCAACGAGACCACGGAGGCUCGCCCAUGCUGGCCCGUUUCAUCGACUGGCAGAACCGCACAGAGCCCCGCGGCAACGGAGCCAAAGUCGUGGCAGCGCCCCAGAUGCUGCGCCAGAGGCCCAAAAAGUCGAAGAAGGAAAAUGUAGAGGCAGGGCAGUCCCAGAGCGGAGCUGAAGACAAGCCCGGUUUGAAGAGGCCCAAGGGCAUCUUAAAGACCAGGGUCGCAGAGGAUCAGCAGUCUGCGAGUCUUGACGAAGUAGAGCUGGGUCAAGCAGCGCUGCCUCAACAAGCAGAUGGUGGAGAAGAGGCGUCGAGCCCAGAACGGGAGGAAGAAGAGGCGCCUCUUGCAGGUGGUUCACCAGCUAAGAUGGUGCCCUCUCUACCUAAGAAAGGCAUCUUGAAAAACAACCAACAACGGGAAUCAGGGUACUAUUCUUCCCCAGAGCGCAGCGAGUCCUCCGAGCUUUUAGGAGGCGCUAGCAUGUCUCUGGUAGCGUCGUCCCCACCUAAAAGAGCGAUGGGGAGAAAGGGCAUAUUAAAGCGCAAUGGCAAGUACUCCACCUACAGCGGGCCGCCCUCAUCAUCCGCCGUGGCAGCGGUCCUCGGGGAGCCUCCUCCCCCGGCCGACUCGGGCCUGUCCCGGAGUCAAAGCCGGCCCUCCAGCAUCGUAGGGGAGGACAGCUCCGUCCUGUCCCUGUCGCCAGGCUCCCUAGGCGGGGCCGAGUGGCAUCCCUCCACCCCACACCUCCACACAAACAUCAGGGCCUGCGUCUCAGCUGAAAACCUGCUGCAUCUUUCCAACUUCAAGGGCUUCCAGGCAGCCCCACCUCUCCAGGGACCCAAGUUCAACCUCGGGUCCAAAACGAAAGGCUCCCCGGGGGACAACGGCAGCUUCUCCUUGCUGGGGGAUCUGGAGGACAUGACUCAGGUUUACCAGCAAGCCCUGGACAUCAGCAGCAACCUCACCUAACAGACGGGCGGCAGAGACGGAGAAGAAGCAGAGGGAUUCAAACAUGACUGUGUGUGUGUGUGUGUGUUUGUAUGUGUGUGUGUGCGUGCCUGCCUUUAACGAACAGUACGUUGCUGGGAUAUGCCUCUAGGUGGCUGUGGCUUUGCAAAGCGGGGCUGAAACCUAGAUGGAAGAGAUACAUCUUACACUCAGACACAUGCACACACAGAUGUAAACACUCAGGUGCAUUUCUCUCACCAGAGGAAAUUCAGUUAAGGAUUGGCGGACGGGAGAGGUUACGGCGCUGGCACGAGAGAAUGCCACCCAGUCUGCUUUCUCUGCCCGCCCGUAGACCGUGCUGCGUUCAACAUGUUUACAUAUUCGGCAAAGACGGCAAGUUAGAACCACAAACACAGAAACCAGAAACUGGUCGGCUCUCCUCGCACACCGCCCAUUUCAAACACCAGUUUACAAAAGCACCUUAAAACUCACACGGAGCACAUGCUUUUGUGACAUUUACUUCCUUCAAAAGAAGAAACAAACCAGGGUGUUGUUCCAAAAGUAAAGAAGAAAAAAAAAAACCCAUUACUGAUUAUUUAUUAAUAUUUUGUAGCUUUAGUGCAGUUUUAGUGCAAAACUGGAGGGUGCUGGCUAUUACUGGAAGACUCUGAGGCUCAUUUGGUCCAACUCUUUGUGUGGAACUGACAUAUAUAAUUCUACUGAUCUACACAUACAUACAUAUAUAUGUAUGUGCACACAACUAUGUCUGUGCAUAUACAUAUACCUUGGCAGAUGUUUCUUAAAGUUUAUGUCCCAUUUAAUGUGUGAUACUAGGGAACAUGUAGAAAGUGCCUUUUUUUUUUAAUUCACACCAUAAAUUAUGUAUGUCAUUUCCUUAAAAUAGAGGGGGGAAAGCCAGAUCAUCCUGUCACCAGUAGUGCUUUUUGUUUUUAAAAUGUUAUUUGUGAAUGUGGAGAAUCCCAGGGCCUUCAGAUCACAGCUGAUGAAACUUGACUUGUUUUCAAGGUUUAAAUGUCAAUCUAAAGCUGUCAAGUUUAAACACUCUACCCUUGUUCCUUUCACGUAUACAAUCACACAUCAGUAUGCUUGUUUAUGCGGGCCACCUUGGGAAAAAGAACCUUUCUUUGUGUUCUUUGUUAGUGCUUAAGCCCAUAGUUUGGUUUGUCAGCAGUUUAGACUUGUUUGAACACUUUUGCUGGCUGCACGAGAGGUCUGGAGGGGCUCACCUUGUGGGACACCUUGUGACGGGAGAUGGCGCAGACACCACCUCACAGUCCUGGAAUGUGCCUGGCUCUUUUAGCCUUGAUGUUAGUAAGAGAUGCAGCUUUAUUUCAUCUUUUUUUUUUUUUUUUUUUUUCCUCAACCAAAGACAUGUAAAGUAUUUUCCAUUGUUAGACGAGUUAAUAUUUUACCCACAGCUCUUUGAAAAAGCCGAGUAAGGUGGUUUGUUUUAGGUUGCUGAUGACACAGCAAAUUCCUCAGACCGAAGCUGGAGACAUGUUUGUGCUAGAGAUUUGUUAUCAGCCCCGACCGACCCGACUCAGCACAGGUGGGAUCUGCGGUCCACUUUCAGCCCCCCCAGCUGUGUGUGUACCAGUUUGUUGUGUCAGCCCGGCACAAUUAGCCAGCUAUUGUUUUUAUCUGAGCGCAAAAGGGAGGAAGUGUGUAGAGAUUUGUGGCUACAGGGAAAAAAGAAGUGUGUGAAAGAGAGAUCCGGUGUGGAGAUGGAGAGGACUUUCCCGGCAAAUGCAGAGAAAGUCAGGGUGCGAGGUUUAUUUGGCGAAGGAUUUGUAAUGUUGAUAGUGAAAGUACAGAAAGUGAGUAGAAGGAGUAGAUGGGAGGUUUUUGUUUUGUACCAAAGAUGUAAUGAGACUUUGACAUGAUUCAGGGGAAGGGCUAGGUUGGGGACUCACGCAAGUGUAUUGGAUUUUUCAUUGAAUGGAAAUCCUCAUUGGUGAAUGAAAUCAUCCCCACAGUGGCUUUACCUCAUGUUUGGUUUAUUUUUCCUUCUUCUUAUAUAUAUAUAUAUAUAUAUAUAUAUAUAUAUAUAUAUAUAUAUUUUUUUUUUUUAGAUGCUGGAGGUUGUUGAUACAGCUUGUUUAGAGGGCCCGUGUGUGAUGUAUGGUCUUAGAAAGGGUAUACACACACACACAUGCACACACUUACACAUACACACAAAACAAAACAAAAACUCGAAGAGUGACUGACCUCAUCCACAGUGUCGAGUGAUGUGGAUGGAAAAGCAUUCAGUAAAUGACCCAAAGGAGAAUAUCCCGAGUUGAAUGUUUUGGGAGGUCAGCUCAUGUGAUGAUAAGGUCCUGGGUAUGGAGUCGAAUGAAAGACCCACAGCGUAUUAUACUGCAUUUUAUUGCCUUUUUUUAUUGCAUUUUAUUGUCAACUGGAUUUACAGUGAGAAAAUUAUACUAUGUUAGUAUUUUGUUUUAUUAUGCUUCUGUUUUUGAUUUUACAAAAUAUAAGAAAUGUUAUAUUACUUUAUGUAUGGCGUAAAAUACUUCCUUCCUUGAAGUAUUUGAAUUUUUCUCUAAAAACAGACGAAUCUGAUAUGGAAUUAGUUUAAUCUCAUAUCUUGCUGUUGUGGUACAUCUGAGGGUCAGACCACCUUGAAAUGGCAAACAAAUAAACAAUAUUUUACAGAUUUAAGUCCUGAUUUGAUUUAAAAAAAAUAAAAGUAUUUGGUCUAAUGUCUUAGCAGCUGACCCAAAGAAAAUUAUUUAUCCUCAUCUACCAAAGUAGGGGAGGCCAAAAAUGGUAGAACAUAUACCAACAGAAACAUAAAUAAACAAAUAUCAAGAAUCUACUUUGCCAACCUGGAAAUAACUGGUGCAUAUCUGUUAGUUAGCAGAAAGUCUAAUCAUAGGAAAACUUGACUGGAUUUUGUUAUGACAAUAAUAAUAAAUUAGUAUUAUUAUGUUAUUUAAGUAUUAUUUUUGUUACAGCUUAUUACAGUUUUUAUUUUAUUGUAUUGUCUGUGGGUGAUCCUGGACUGCCAAGAUUUGAUUAAGUUGCGUGGCUUUGGUAUCUUUAAUUAUUUUAUUUUUUUUGAUAAUGAAGAUUAUCAUUAUAAGUGUUUUUUUUUAUACCUGUAUUUAUUGAUCAAGCCAUUUAAAAUUAUUUUCAAGUACUCUGUGUCCUUGCUUUGCGUGCUUUGGCCUGUUCGUUGAGUUCAGGAUGCACUGCACACAAUAUUAUGUCUCAAACAGAGUGGUAUCAUCUCAAUGAGGGAGGCGGUGUCAAGCGUCUUAGGAGCAAGAAGUCGAGAAAAGUCUCUGAAAUCAUGUAAAAUGUCUUAAUUCAUCAUUCAGGUCAACACAAUGCCCCUGUAGUACUGUAUCAAGAUGAAUAAAUGGAUCUUGAAAAGUUUAA